AUGGCCCUGUCAACACCAACACCUUCCCCCGACCCGCGGAUCGGCAUGUGGCCGUGGGUCGGCUUCCUGACGCUCGCCCUCUCGCUCGCAAUCCUCAUGACCGUCAUCGGCGUGGCGUGGGUGUUCGGCAUUGGGCCCCGGCGCCUGGGCCGCGAUAUGACGGACGAAGAGCAUGCCGAGAGGCGUGCGCUGAUUGCCGACGCCGAGCGCGUGGGGAGCCAGUUCUCUCGGAUCUAG